AUGAUUCAGCAUCCGACCCAUAGCCCUAUAACAAGCUCGACUGAGUUCUUAAAGGUGUACCUAGAACGGACACUAGAGGGAGCUGUGAAAGCCAAGAGCGACACGUACUCACUCGGGUCACAGUUUGAUUCGAAGGAAGCGUGGGAGAACUACAUGGAUCUGUACGACGAGACCAUCUACAGGCUCAACCAGUCCGUCUUGUCGUGUCUAACGAACGCGUGCUCUGGAUCGGACGUGCAAACUUGGCUAAGCACGACGUUGACGAACCUGGACACAUGUCGGGAAGGGAUGGGUGUCUCAUCUGAGUCCUUACAAUCGGUGUUACAGAGCAUCACCAUUGAUGUUAUUAACGCCUUGGCCAUUAUCAAGAGGUUGAAACACGGGAUGAAAACAAAGGAGAAGUAUUUUGGGGUAUUAAAACAAGGAGCAAUAGAAUCGCCGACUAAUGGUGGAAGGGUGGAUGCAGUAGUAGCCCUAGACGGCUCAGGCGACUACAAGACGAUCCAAGAAGCGAUUCUAUUGAUCCAAGACGAUCCACCACCUCAAGUGAAGAUUGUGUAUUUGAGAACAUUACUGAAGCAUUCAACACAAUAUCAAAGAAUAUCCAUUCUUACUCUCUUCUAA